AUGGUUCGUGUUCAUUCAGACAAAAGUGAUUCAGAAAAAGAUGAUAUAAUUGAAUCUUCUGAAGAAUCUCUUAGAUUACUAGAGUUAAUGGUUCAGAUGUCCAUAGCUGAUAUUGAAAUUCCUGGACAGCAAGUUCGAAAUAAUGCUGGUGGAUAUGUUUUUAAAGUCAGUGAUCUUACUAGAGUUCGGCGGUUUCUCAUUUUGGGGACGGAAGGUGGGACUUAUUAUGUGACUGAACAAAAGCUUACCAUGGACAAUAUGGAGGCUCUGAUUGAUAUAAUUAAACGUGGAAAGGGCGGAAUGAUUUUAAGAGAGAUUGUUAGCAUUUCAUUAGCAGGUCGUUCACCAAAACAGGAUCCAUUACUUUUUGCAUUGGCUCUCUGUGCGCGUUAUAACGUUCGUGAUAGAAAAAGUUUAUUACAAAAGUCAGGAGAAUAUGAUCUUGAAAAGGCUCUCCUUUCGAAUACAGAGGAUUUUACUUCAGAUGAAAUGAAAAAAUUUGAUCUUUAUUUGUAUAAACUGCAACAGACUGCUUUUAGGAUGGUUACUAAAGUUUGCCGUAUACCAACACACUUAUUCAUGUUUGUCAAAUAUUGCGAACUUAUAGCAAAAGCAACAGGUGAAGAGCACACUGGAUGGGGACGAGCAAUGCGGAAAUGUAUUGCUGAAUGGUAUUUACAAAAAUCUCCUAUGGAGCUUGCUUUGCAUAUUACAAAAUAUCCAAGUCGUGAGUCUUGGUCUCAUCGCGAUCUUCUUCGUUUGUCCCAUCCAAUGGCGAGUUCGAACAACAAAGAAUUGGCAAAUUCUCAAACUCUUGUUUAUGAUCAAAUAUUCCAUUAUGCAUGCAAAGGUUCACUUUUUUAUUUUUGUUUAAUAUUUCCAAAAUUAGGUGAUUUUAACCCACAAAAGUCUAUAAUUGUCGAAUCAGAGGGAGCAAAUGAAACGCCUUUGUUAAAAAAAUCAAGAUGUGAUUAUGGACUUACCGAACAAAUGAUUAAAUAUGCAAAUGAUUCUGUUGCUUUAGAAUUUAUUCGAAAAGUAAUGGAAAUGUCAAAACUAAAAUCUGAUAAUGAAGAUGAUGAGAAACGUUGUGUUGAAUUAAUCAAAAAAUAUAAUUUUGUACGUGAACAUGUUCCAACCGCUUUGCUCAAUUCUCCUAAAGUUUGGACUGCAUUACUACAACAUAUGCCUAUGACUGCUCUUUUACGUAAUCUGUCAAAAUUGGCUACUUUAGGAUUAUUGGAUGACGAAUUAAACAAAGAAUGUGUUGAUCUAGUUAUCUCAAAAAUUCUUAAUCAAGAAGCCCUUCAGAAAGCAAGAAUUCACCCAAUUGCUGUUCUUCUAGCAUCCUCAGUUUACAAGUCAGGACAUGGAAUUAAAGGCAAACUAAAAUGGGAAGUAAAUGAUCGAAUUAAUGAAGCCUUAGAGCAAUGUUUUAUUCUUGCUUUCAAAAAUGUUCAGCCAACUGGACAGCGUUUUUGUUUGGCUAUGGAUGUUUCUUCAAGUAUGCGUUGGACCAAGAUUACUGGUGGAAUACUCUCUUGUUGUGAAGCAUCCACUGCAAUGGCAAAUGUUACAUUACGGACUGAGGAAAAUGUUAAAUGUAUUGCUUUCUGUGAUGAACUUGUCACGCUUCCAUUUACUCGCGAGAGCACGAUGACCGAAAUGAUGGAUUAUAAUGAGAAAAUAGAUUUUGGUGGUACUAAUUGUGCUCUUCCUAUGCUUUGGGCAAAAGAAGAACAUCUUUCAUUUGAUGAUAUACAUCCAUUUGAAGCACUUAAAGAUUAUAGACAACAAAUGAACAUUCCAAAUGCAAAACUUAUUGUAAUGGGUAUGGCUGCAAAUGAAUUCACAAUUGCUGAUCCAAAUGAUCCUGGUAUGCUUGAUAUUGUUGGUUUGGACGCAGCUGUGCCAGAUUUGAUACGCUCGUUUGUUUUGGAAGAAAUUUGA